AUGGCCAAGGAGAACAGAAGUCAGUGGACGCCUCCUAAGAUGCACCAGUCCAGCAACUGCGAGCGCUGCGGCUCGAGUCUGCACCGGAUCAGAAAGACUAACUGCCACAACUGCGGUGUCAUGGCAUGUAUCAGUUGCUGCAAUUACAAAACAGAGCUACUGAAGUUCGGUCACUUCAGAGAUGUACGAUGCUGUGGGUACUGUGCUCACUUUCUACAAGUCUACAAACUAGAGGAUGCGAAGCUGAGCAAGCUCAAUAUCCGGACACUCAAGCGUUACUUAGAUGCAUACAAUAUCUCAACGGCCAACAUGCUAGAAAAACAAGAAUUGGUGAAGGCUAUCCAGGAUAACAAGCCUUUAUCAGAUGCGUCGGAGGUCUACUUCCGCACACAAAUGCCAAGUACGGUCGAAGAGUGGCUAGUGCUUCAUGAAGUGCUUCCGAGGGCAAAUGACUUGACGGGCACGUCAGAUAAUCUGAUCAAUGAAUUGGACAAGUUCUUCUCUAGGAUGUUCAGCAGUGAUGACUCCAGACAACGUAGGCACCCCGACACUACAGCAGAAAGCAUCUUCCAGGAAAGGCAAUCCCAAUCAACAUCCUCUUCCUCUGCUGAGGCCCAGGGUCAACAGCCGAGUCAACAGAAGGCCCAGAGGCAACAACAGCAAAGCCAACAACCAAAACCACGGGAGGCGCCCAACAAUACCCCACCAUUCUCUCUCGGAUCGUCACAUUUUCAUUUUCAACCAGGCCCAAGUCCUCAAAAGCCUAGACCACAUAUUGAGGAUUUUAUGCCUAGGGCCUCUGGUAUUGGUACGGGUCCAUUUGGAGCCCAUAUGUCUGGCCGACCAGCGGAUGGCUAUCCAUUUUAUCAUCCUGGAUCUACGUUCCCUUCCCCUACCCAUUCGCAGCACUCGCAAACUGGGUCCUCCCGGGAACCUCAGUUCAGAUUUAAUGGAGGCUUUGGGUCCUAUCAUCAGGCAGAACACCCGCCUCCAAAUCCAUUCACAGCGCAACACCAACAGCAGUUCCAGCAACAACAUCGCCAGCAACGGCCCCAUCAUGAGGCCAAACCUCAGGCUUCGUCGACAAUACCACCUCUUAGUCCACAGCCAACAUUUGGAACCUCUUCCAAUUCCCGAAAUGGGUUUGGCUAUACUUGCUAUGAGCCUAAACCACCACUUAAGAGUCAACAAACAUCACCCUCGUCAUCAUCCUCGUCAUCUGCAUCUGUGCCUCAACCAGCCUCCAGCUCUAGACCCAAUCCAAUGCCACAAUCGCAAAACCAGCGACAGACAAGGCCACGUCCAUCCCAAGGAUUCAAUGACUACACUGCCAAUACAGGGUUUUAUUCAUUACCUACUUUUUCUGACUCAUCAUCUUCUAGCCCACAAUUCCGGUUUUCAUCUGGCUCAAGCAGUAGUGCUAGUACUUUUAGCUUCCCAACAGGCGUUUCAGAGUCCCAUAUCACACCUGCUUCGUCGUCUUCUGAGCCAUCAUAUUCAUCACGGCCUGUCAAGCCGCCACGGAGGCCUCAAGAAUCAUCCGAGGAGACAUUUGCUGCGAAUCUGACAUUAGAGGACAUUAUCUCGCCAGAUGUGGACAUAUCAAAGCUGUCUGUCAAAGUUAUCAAGUCGUUGUUGGACUCCAACCGUGUCAGUCAUGUGGGUAUGUUUGAAAAGCAUGAACUAGUUGGCCUGCUAAAAAGCCUGAUCCAGACUGUAAAGAGAGAUAAAGAGGAAAGAAAUGCGAGUCAAGAAACGAGAAAUCAGGCCUGGGAUUCAUCAGAUAUUGACAUCGAAAACGCGUCAGCAUUGGAGACAACAAAGCCUCAUGAACCGUCGUCUACAAAUAUAGACGAGAACCUCUGCAAGAUCUGUUUUGACGGACCAUUGAAUUGUGUUAUGCUCAAUUGUGGUCAUAUGUCAUCUUGCAUGGAUUGUGGCAAGCAAGUCAUCGAAAGGGAGCGAGUUUGCCCGAUUUGCCGAAAAUACGUUGAGCGCAUACUUCAAGUAUUCCGUGCUUAA